AAGAAGUGUCGUCAAGCUCUCAGCUGAAAUGAUAUCUUAUGCCCAGAACUCAACAACCUUCUUUCUUGCUUUCUAGUUCCAUUUUAGGAGUAGUUUCUUUGUAACUCCGAUUCGAGAUGUUCUUCAGAUCCGUUGCAGCUGCCGCUCUUCUGGCCUCUUCGGCCGCGGCCCACUUUGUGCUCCCACGGGCCGCCGGAAACGCCACCAGACUUUGCGGCACUCCUGAUCCGACUCCCGAGCAAAUCGCCACCUCGGAAGCUAUGCUCAAGAAGGAGCGAGAGUUGCGUGCGAAAGGCGAAUUCCGCGCUCUCGCGUCGUUCACUGUGGACACUUACUUCCACGUCGUGGCAUCGUCGACGAGCGUUGACGAUGGCUACAUCACUGCGGACAUGAUCGCCGACCAGCUGGAGGUGAUGAACGCCGAUUACGCUCCUCACGGCAUCUCAUUCAACCUGAUUGGCACUGACUACACAGUCAACUCCAACUGGGCGUCAGACGGAGACGAGAUUGCAAUGAAGCAAGCGCUCCGCAAAGGGUCAUACUCAGACCUCAACAUAUAUUUCCUCGGUAACCUUGGAGGGGGUCUGCUCGGGUACUGCUAUUUCCCCACAGACGCAGCAGAAGGCUCGCUAGAGUUCUAUCAGGAUGGAUGCACCAUCCUUGCUCAGUCCGUGCCGGGUGGUAGCGCCGCUCCAUACAACCUAGGUGGCACCGUGGUCCACGAAGUCGGUCACUGGAUGAAUCUUUACCACACCUUCCAAGGUGGCUGCAGAGGCAGCGGAGACUCUGUCGAUGACACCCCUGCUCAAGCUUCUGCCUCUUCCGGCUGCCCCGUCGGCAGAGACAGCUGCCCUGGCGGUGGUGUGGACCCAAUCCAUAACUACAUGGAUUACUCUGAUGAUGCUUGCUACGAAGAAUUCACCGCCGGCCAGGAGGAGCGCAUGUACAGCGCUUGGACUAAUUACCGCUCUUAGACGAGAAUUUGAUGUGGUAUGUUGAUUGGUUAUACUAGAAAUUCGAUAGCGUCGUAGACCCAGUAAGACAGCUAAGGUCACUUGUAAAUGGAAUCAACGUCAUUCAUACCAUAAUUCCAUACCUCAACUUUAUAUCAUG